CCUCACCAAAUCUCAUUCCCUGCUUCCCCUUUUUUCCACCAAUGUCUUCCUCCAAGUCUACUGACAAUGCAACAGUGAAGGCUCAAGGGUGCAAUGUUGACACUACUACCUCCAUGAUGGACUUCUCCCAAGCUCAGAAUUCUCACUCAUCAUCCUCGUCGUCCUCUUCUCCAUCUUCAGGAGAGAGGAGAGGGAGGAGGAAGCCGGUAGAGCCGGGUAGGUUCCUCGGCGUGAGGAGGCGGCCGUGGGGGCGAUACGCUGCCGAAAUAAGGGACCCGACGACGAAGGAGAGGCAUUGGCUUGGGACGUUCGACACGGCGCAAGAGGCUGCUCUAGCCUACGACAGGGCAGCCCUCGCCAUGAAGGGGAGUCAAGCGAGGACCAACUUUAUUUACUCCGACACUCCCAUCACCACAUUCCAGUACUCCCUCCUCCCUCCUCUCCAUGCCCAAAGCUUCAACAUCCCUCAGCCACCGCGCCACGGCCACCUCAUCGGUGGCAUUCUGCCCGUUGAUCAACCUGCUGACCACGCCGCCUUCUCAAUCCAGAGCCAUCGCCAUAGCAUCUCUGCCCCGAGUCGUCGGGCCGCUGCCGAUAAUAAGAACCACGACAUGGAGAUUUCUGAUGACUUCCUGUUUUAUGAUGACACUAGGUCGGGGUACUUGAGCAGCGUAGUCCAGGAGAGCUGCCGCCGGUCGUCGAACUCCCGCAAGCACUCAACUGAGUCAAACGCUCCUCCAGUGCCUUCCCAACUCCAGAGCCAAGCAUCGACCAGCAGCAACUCUAAUGCAGAUGAUCAGUUGAUCUCCGAUAUGAGCAAGGGAUUCUGGAUGGAUGAGCCAGUGUGGGAACUCAGUUUCCCUGAUUCAAAUGGCAUCAAUUUGGAUAACCUUGGCAACUCGCUACCAAAGAUCUCUGAUUCCUAUGAUCUGUUUCUCCAUUGACUGAUGCUUUAAUUUCUAAUUCAGUACCCACCUCUGCAUGGGAUAUAUAUAUAUAUAUAUAUAUAUAAAACUAGAGUGUCAUUGAGC